UAUCUUUAACCUCACUUUUUUUUAGUUCAGAGCAAUUAAUAACUCGUAUGCUUUUCAAUGAAAGUAAUUUUUCUGGAUGCUUCAAGGGUCUUUCCACCCCUCUUCCAGGCUGCUAAAGAGUAAUUUUCUUCCAGGCAGUCCUUGACUUUCUUAGGGGCCAUCUGUCAAAUCUGACGUUUAUCUUUAACCUCACUUUUUCGUUAUUAAUUAACCAACGAUUGCCCCGAUAUUUUCACAAUAAUUUAAAGGGUUUUCCUCAAUUAAAAUGAGCACGAAAACGAAAAAUUCGGAUAAAAACGGCUCCGGGGCAAAAAAAGAGGUUUCUGUGUGGACCAGGGCGGUCACCGGCAAGUCAGAAUGGCCUGACAAGGAGGAAUUCCUUGACGUUAUUUACUGGCUAAGGCAAGCCCUAGGGUUCUUUUUGGGGAUACUGUGGGGCGUCAUACCCCUUCAGGGCUUCUUGGGGUUGGCAUUGUUUGUACUGAUAAACGCUGGCCUCCUAUAUGUUUACUUUAAUAAUUUUCAAUGUAUUGAGGAAGAGGAGUUCGGGGGGCCCUGGGAGCUCACCAAGGAAGGAUUUAUGACCUCUUUCGCAGGCUUUUUGGUUAUGUGGAUAAUUGUUUAUACGGGGCUGUACUAUGAUCCGGAGCAGUCCUCUUGAUACAGUGUCAUUCCAAUUUUAAGUGAGAAAAUGGCAAUAAGAGUGCAAAAUCGUUCCUGUUUUAAGUGUGCGUUUGUAUACAAGUAAUUGUUCAAUAAAAACAGCAUUUUUACUUAAGGAA